AAAAGGCUGUUUAGUUUCUUGGUUUUUCACACAAAGAAAGCAGAGACAGCGUCACAGAAAUGGCCUCAGCCUGCAGUCUCCUGUCUGAAGAGCAGUUCCUGUGCUCUAUCUGUCUGGAUGUUUUCACUGAGCCUGUCUCUACUCCAUGUGGACACAACUUCUGUAAAGCCUGUAUCACCAAAUGUUGGGACAACAAUGACAAGUGUGAAUGUCCAAUGUGCAAAAAAACAUUCGUGAACAGGCCAGAUGUCUUUGUCAAUACUUUGGUCUCUGAAAUGGCGGCUCGGUUCAGGAAGUCUGUUGAUGUUAAAGCUGCAAGUUCCAACAUCCAGCAGCAGAAACCUGUCAAACCAGUGGAGGUGCCCUGUGACGUCUGCUCUUGCACUGAAGUCAAGGCCUUGAAGUCCUGCCUGGUGUGUUUGACCUCUUAUUGUGAGACUCACCUGGAACCUCAUCAGAGAGUUGCAGCCCUGAAGAGACACAAGCUGAUCGAUCCUGUGGAGAACCUGGAGGACAGGAUGUGUAAGAAACAUGACAAGAUGUUAGAGCUCUUCUGCAGGACCGACCAACUGUGUGUUUGUGUCAUGUGUACAGAGCACAAGACUCAUGAUACAGUUCCUUUAGAGGAAGAGUAUAAAGAGAUGAAGGCUCAGCUGGAGAAGAAAAAGUCAGAAGUACAGAAGAUGAUACAAGAACGACAGGAGAAGGUUGAGGAGAUGAAAGCAUCAGUGCAGCUCAACAAGAAGGACACAGAUGAAGAGCUAGCUAAAACUGCUGAGGUCUUCACUGCUCUGGUGGCCUCCAUCCAGAGACAGCAGGCUGAGCUGAUGGAGGUGAUUGAAGAGAGGCAGAGAGCAGCAGAGAAACAGGCUGAGGGCUUCAUCAAAGAGCUGGAGGAGGAAAUCACUGAGCUCCAGAGGACAAGCUCUGAGCUGGAGCGUCUCUCCCUCACUGAAGACCAGCUCCAGCUCCUCCAGAGCUUCCCAUCCGUCUCCUCCUCUCCACGCACCAAGAACUGGUCUGGCAUCAGUGUCCGCACACAUCUGUGUGUGGAGACGGUGAGGAGAGCUGUGCUUCAGCUGGAGGAGACAACCACUAAAGAGAUGAAGACUCUGCUUCAACACAUAGAGAAGACUAAAGAAGAUCUGCAGAAGCUGCCAGAAGACGUUAGGCUGAAGAGGAUCCAGCAGCUGUAUGCAGUGGAUGUGACCCUCGACCCAAACACAGCACACCCUUACCUCGUCCUGUCUGAGGAUGGGAAACAUGUGAGAUGUGGAAACACACGCCAGGAUCUUCCCGACAACCCAGAGAGGUUUGAUCACUGUAUCAAUGUCCUGGGAAAAGAAGGUUUCUCUUCAGGGAGAUUCUACUUUGAGGUUCAGGUGAAAGGAGAUGAUUGGGAUGUUGGAGUGGCCAGAAAGUCAAUCAAUAGGAAGGGAAAUAUCUCAUACAGCCCCAUGAAUGGAUACUGGGUCAUGUGGCUGAGAGAUGGAAAUAACUACAAGGCACUAGAUGAUCCCAGAGUUCCUCUCUCCCUGAGCCAGAAGCCUGAGAAGGUCGGGGUGUUUGUAGAUUAUGAGGAGGGACUGGUGUCUUUCUAUGAUGUGGAGGCCGAGACUCUGAUCUACUCUUUCUCUGGCUGCUCCUUCACUGAGCAGAUCUAUCCUUUCUUCUGCCCCGGCUUAAAUAAAGCUGCACCUCUGAUCAUCACUCCUGUCAAACACACUCAGUGAGGUCAGCAGGAAUCAGAAAUGUUUUCUUUGUAUAUUUUCACAUAAAUAUUUGGGAAGUGGUUGAGUAAAUAUGGACAGAUGAAUGGAGGGAUGUAAAGAGCAAUUAAUAAUAAGAGUAAAGGAAAAGCUGGAGAGGGUUGGAUUUAAAAUAGGAAAAUUUGCCGAGGACUGAAAGUGACAGAGAGAGUGGGGAUAAGAAGAGAACAGAGGGGAGACACCAGGGAGUGGAGGGAGAGUCUAAAAGACAUGUCAGAAACGUCCCCACCCACAGACAGUUGUUGGAAGUCUGUCUGUCCUCUGCAGCUUGUUGAAGGACUGUGAGUCCAUCAGUGGGAUUAUGUCGAUCAUAAUCCCAGUAUUAUUCUGUGUGUGUCCAUCUUACCUCUAAUGGCUGAGAAGGAGUGCAGUCAAAACAAGAACUCUGACACCUCCAACACCACAAACAUCACAACUGGUUUGUUCAGUGUCAGAUCAGUCCAGUCUGAUCUGAAGAAGCUGCUGGUGGUGUACCUGUGGUGACUGUAUCUCAGUCAUGUCCUGUCUUAUUUUCUCUUCAGUCUAUUUCAUGCACAGGCCUCAUGAUUGCUUGACUACAAUUUCUACUGAGCUGUAAAUAUUGUUAGCAUUUCUGUUUUGUUGUCUCAUCACGUCUUGCUGUAGACUUCAUGAACACUGUUCAUUUUUGUAUUUGACUUUACAAACCAUGUGAUCCAGGUACAAUGUUUUACAUACUCUGAUCCUCUCCUUUCAUUUGGUGUGACCAGUAAAGAUUCAGAUGAUAUGGACUUGUGUGUUUCAUGUGUCUUCUUUUCAGUGCUGACACAAGUUUAGUGAUGCCUUCAUGUUGCUGCUUAUCUCAAAACAAAUAUCUGUUAACUCUGCUUUCCUAGGUUCAGGAUCAUUAAUUACAACUA